AUGUCCGACGUUAUUAGCGUGAUUAAAAGACAGAGUGGUUUAAAAUAUGCAUCCAUUGAUAAUGAUGAAAUGGAAAAUUUUAGUUCCGAUGAGGAUGUUCCAAUGGUAGAUAUUGAUGGUAAGAGCAAUGGUGGAAAACGUAAUGAAGCUGCAGCUGGUGAAAUUGUCACUCCUGGUGAGCUUAUUACAGAAGAUCCCAUUUGGAUGAGAGGUCAUGGUACUUAUUUUCUUGAAAAUUCUACUUAUUCAUCAGCAGCAGGUACAAUCUCAAGAGUCAACAGGUUAUUAUCAGUUAUUCCAUUGAAAGGAAGAUACACUCCAGAAACUGGUGACCAUAUUGUGGGAAGAAUUACUGAUGUAGGUAAUAAAAGAUGGAAAGUUGACAUUGGUGGUAAACAACACGCAGUCUUAAUGUUAGGUUCUGUGAAUCUGCCAGGUGGUAUCUUAAGAAGAAAAUCGGAAAGUGAUGAGUUACAAAUGAGAACAUUUUUGAAAGAAGGUGAUGUUUUGAACGCUGAGGUACAGUCCCUAUUUCAAGACGGUAGUGCAUCAUUGCAUACAAGAUCUUUGAAGUAUGGUAAACUAAGAGAUGGCCUAUUAAUCCAGGUCCCAAGCUCUCUGGUUGUCAGAUCUAAAAAUCACACACAUAACUUACCUGGUAAUGUGACUGUUUUGUUAGGUGUCAAUGGAUUUAUAUGGUUAAGAAAAACCUCUAAAAUGGAUGUUGCUAGAGAGACACCUUCAGCGGGUCCAGCUAGUGACAUUUCAGAAGGUCCAACAGGCGCUAAGUCAUUGAACCCAACUAAUUCAGUUUCUAUUACAAGAUUAGAAGAAGAAUCUUCUUGGAAAAUAUAUUCUGAUAAAAAUGAUCCCUCAAUUACACCGAGCAUAAGGCAAAAUAUAUCUCGUUACGCCAAUGUUAUUAAAGCGUUGGCAUUUUGUGAAAUUGGUUUAACACAUGAAAGAAUCGUGAUCGGUUAUGAAGCAAGUAUAGCCUAUUCAAACAUAGGUGAACUUAUAGAAAGAGAAGUUAUGGAGUCCAUUGGCGACGAUGUGAUUAAUAUAGAAAAGAUGAGAGGUAACGGUGCUACAGAAUAG